CGGCGCGGGGGCGCCCCCCUCGGCCGGGCGCUCGGGUUACAGCCGCGGCUCCCCGGCUUCCCCGCCCGCGCCCCGCCGGUUCGCCGGCGCCGUGAGAGACAUUGUAACGGAACUGGGACGCCAGCGCUGCAUUGUGGGAGCUUUUAAAGCGGCGGGGAACGUGGCCCGGCCGCUCGGGCCCACCGGGCCAAGCUCACCCCGGCGCCCCUAGCACGGCCCCGCCGCCGCUCGUACCACCACACACCCAACACCGCCGAGGCCUGUGGACCGGGAAGCCCGAAGUGGUGAGGUGACCGGUGCCUACUGACUCUCACAGGAGCACAGGCUUCCAUAGCCCGGGGUGAGACUUGUAAAACUGCCCUCUACGGUCAUCCCGGAAAGUAGGAGGCUUUUUCUGCAGACCCUUAAAAAAGAAAAAGAAAAAGAAAGCCCUUCCAUCCCCCAAGAACUGGGUUUGAAUUGCUUUUCCUCUGGAGUGGCAGUGAUUCAGCGACCCCCUUCUCAGCAGCAGGCAGUGACAGAGACAGGAGACGAAAAACACAGCGAAUGAAUCAGACGCUAUCUUGGAAGGGGAAUUAUGAGUUAGGAAGCACAGAAGGGGCCAACCUAAGGCAUUUCAAGAGAUGAGAGACAGGCUGCCCACUCAGAAGCAUCAUCCCACCCAGUAGGAAGAGAACCCAAAUUAAGGAUUCCAGAAAUUCCAAACAAGCAACAAUGUGAAAAAGAAGCCUAGUGCAGCAGAGGUGAUCUGGAUCCAGGAAGAAAUGGAAGAUGCCUAUAAUAAAAACCUCAUCUCUGAAGAGACCAACAAUAGCACAUUCAUCAGAAGCCAAGUUGGAGCCCAGGAGGAGACAACGGAAGCCUGGGCUCAGGGGCCCAGGUUAGAGGAAAGUAAAGAGACUUUUCUUCUAGCCAAGACGAAAGGCAUGCAGGCCAGUCAGGAAACUCCAGUGGCCCUGCAGAGUGAACUCCAUGAGCAGGAAGAUAAAAUGGAGAACCAAGCACAAAGAAAAGACACCCAAGACAGUCUCCCAAUGACACAGCGAUCUUUAGUACAUUUUUUUUCGACAACGAAUUCAGAUAUUACCCUGCCAUUGUCAUGGUCAUUAUCCUAUGAAGUGCCUCUUGAUUACAAUCUGUCUAGCCCACAAUUUAGUGGAAUAACUAUAUCAACAAUUGGGCAGAAGACUCCUAAAACUACAGGAGUGGGCCUUUCCAGAUUGGAAAACAGCUUGGGAGUCAACAGCUCCAUAAUGACAAAGAGACAGGCUCUGCUCCUUGCUGCUGAGACACCAGUAACUGGGGAAGGAGAAGAUUAUUUCCUAUCUUUGUUUGGUGAUUCAAAGAAACUUCUUCCACAUUCAUUCCAUGCUGAGAAAGCCUGGAAACACUUUUCUAUGAUUCUUGAAGAAGUGGGCCAAUCUAGAUCCAGUGCUCUUGGAGACAUUAAAAUAGCUGAAGUAAAUGUCAAGGGUUUAUUUGUGAAACUCAUUAACUCUUCCCUUGACAAAGAACUGGAGAUUGGAGGUCAUAUUCUCCAGCAAAAUGUGAAUGGACAAACAGUCUCUUUGUACCGCUUCCCUCCAAAUAUCAUAAUGCAGGCCAACUGCACAAUAACAGUGUGGGCAGCUGCAUCUGAAGCAAAGCAUCAGCCACCAUCAGAUUUUCUUUGGAGAGAACAAAACAAGUUUAGAACAAGCCCAAAUUGUACAACGAUUCUGUGCAAACCUAAUGGUGAAGCUGUUGCCUGGUACACUCCUAUUCACUGGAAGCAAGCAUGGGAGAAAUUAGAGACUGACAUUGAAUUUGACAGAUGCUCAGUAGUAAGUACAACGUCUCGAAGACACAUGUUUAAUUGGCCAGCAGCUAUAACUACAACUAAAGAAAAACAAGAUAAAUGUAAUAAAGAUAUCUCAAAAUAUCAGAUGGAACGAGUCAGAGUUUUUCUCAAAAGAGAAAAAGAAACCCCACCAAACCCUUUGCCCAAUAGCAGCCCUUGGUGCCACAGCCCCAGUGUCCCUGCACAUCCCUACAGUCCUCUGAUUGAAACUUGCAAUACGUGCAUGACUGAAAGCAGCUUAGAUAGACAGCCGAGGCCUCAGUCAUCCAGGCCUGAUCCAGCCCAGGGACCAAGUAAAAUAUGACAUCUGAGUUACAAAAGCAAAUAGGCAGUCAACUCAACUUCUAAAGGACAAUAAUAUCCAGAUCUAGAGAAGACAAGGAUGCCCAACAUGUCACAGACAGCCUUCCGCAAAGGAGAGGAAGCCAGCAGCAAGCAAGAAAAUGGUUUCUUUUUGAAAAGAUAAUUCUUCCGGACUUUACGGUAAUCUUUUCUUAAAGAAGGAAAUAGAGUUUGUGGUCAAGUUAAACCAUUUGUUUGCUGGACUGUUAAGAAGAGAAACAUUGGUCAAAAGUAAAACCAUCCCAGUCUUCACAUUAUGCACAUGAUGUUCCGCCAUCACUAAUUUCUGUUAUAACCUGCCUGUCUGUUAGGUCUACCCUCCCACCAUUUCUGCAGAAGCAUUUUCCAAAAGCACGUCUCAGGAAUUCUGAAUCUGUGGUCUGUCUGAUUCUUUACACUUGGAAUCUGGUCUGUCUCAUUAAAGCAUGGAUUAACUGAGCUUCCUAAUCACUGAAAGUAGUAGAUGAGGUUUCCAUGGAGUAACUGGUUGGGAGUUUUUAAACCUGCCUACACUUACCUCAAAUUCAUCCAAAAUCGUGUCUUCUAGCUGCAGUACUAAGUACAAAAUCCCAUGGAAGGGAAAUGCCAAGAAUGUUUCAACUAAUCUAAGGGAGCACUUUUUUUCCCACAUUCUUAUUCCUUAUUCCUUAACAAUCUUAUUCUAUACCUAUCACAAGUAUAGAAUUUAAAAAAUAAUGAAAUUUGCUCAUUUGUAAUGUUGACUCUCUGUGUAGUCAGAAGGUAUGAUUGUUUCCCUUUCUGAGAAACACAUCCAGUCUAUACCAUGUAAACCUGCUUAACUUAAUUUAAUUUACAUUGAUUUAUGUGUAUUUAUAUAGCAUAUGAAGAAAGAUGGGGCAUAUACAGUCCUAGAAUGUGAGGAGUGAGAAAGUAAGGAUUUUUCCCAGUAUCUGUUUAAAAAAAAUAAAGAAAAGCAAAA